GUAGAGUUGAUGAAAGCUCGAGGAAUGAGGUCGACAGUGUUGGGAAAGUGAUUGAUCAAACCCUGAGGGACAUCAAAUUUAUGAUGAUUUUUCUUAAUGGAAGUGAUGGAUAUAUUGACGUAGGCCUCCUUGGCAUCCCUCCAUUUGCAAGAUUUGGCCACAAUAUGAUGAUAUGGACCUUCAAUAGGAGCUUGACCAUGCGUCAAGACUAUCAUGAGGUAGUAAACAAGCUAAGAUAUACUCAUGGUUUCAUUAAUUCUUGUUUCUAUAUCAAAAGAUUAAAAAGAUAUCAGAUCUGGGAACUGCUGCAUCAAGAAGCUGCUUCAAUAGUUGCUCGAAUUCCAUGUAUGCUAGAUUUCAACCAGAAAAUGGUCGAAAAUUGUUGCCUCUAUGAAUUAUUUCUGAAACACAAUUUCCACAUCACCAGUAAACUUGAUUGGGCUACUCACGGUUCCAGCUAUUGGAUAUGUGAUGGGAUUAUUACAAGAGGACAUAGCAAGAGAUAACAUUAUCUCAUUGCAUCGACAGAUAAAUUGGAAUUGUGAAGCUCAUUUCCUUGAAAAGGUCAUUGAAAGGUUCAUGGGACAUCCAGAACUACCUUUUCUGGUAAUUAAAGAUGGUGAUGUCUAUGAAGAAGGCACAUACCGUUGGAUUUCAAUCAAAUCAAGGAAUACAAAAAUACAUGGCAUGCAAACUAUACCUACAAUGACAACAUCUUUCUUCUUGGCAUUUGAAAGAUCCGACCAACCACAAACAUUACCAAAUGGCAUGUUUGAACAUUGCAGCAAGCUUGGUGUGCUAGUUCUCUAUUGUUGUGCCUUCAGUUUUGCAUCACCUCCUUUCUUGAAGUGUUGUGGACUAAGAUUCCUUGGACUGGACCACUGCACUGAUGAGAAAGCAACUGAAGGAGAGGAUGAUGCAGAGUGGCUAUGUUUGUCUAGUCUAUGGGUUCUGGACGUACGUUACACAAACUGGAAUGGAAUUUUUUGUGCAGAAAAGAUGGACAUCAUGACUAACAUCAGAGAACUAAAUAUAGAGGGAGAAAUGGGUUGGCAGUACAUAGCUUGCCUACAGCGGCGGCUACCUAACCUCGAGAGGCUCCGGAUAAUCAAGCCAACAUGUAAAUGGGUGAUAUCAGAGGCUGUUGAUAACUACUUCGUAGAUAAGAAAAGUAUGAAAAUACUUGAUUUGUCAGGGAACAGUGACAUGAAAAGUCUUCCAACAAGCCUAUCAAAAGCUAGCAGCCUUCAGAUGCUUGUACUUGAUGGCUGUGAUGAACUGGAAAGCAUUGGUGGGCUACCUCCCUCUCUCGAAUCGGUUAGCUUUAACGGAUAUGGGCCAGCUUCUCAAUGGACACAAACUGUUGAGCUACCUCCAAAACAAUUUCUUCCAUCCAGCAGAACAGAUAAUAAGGAUGUCAGAAUAUCCAAGAUCUCCUUAGCAGGCUGCACCCAGUUGGGGAAUUUGUACUUGUGUUGGCUACCCAACCUGGUGGAAUUGGACCUCUCUGGAACAUCAAUCAAGAUACUUGACUUCAAGACUAUGGUGGUGCAAAUCCCAAGGCUCAAGCGGCUGUUUCUAAAGGAUGCAAGCACCUUCGUGCAAUAACCUUUUUGCACGAGAGUGUUCCUGACCUGGAGUUGAUGUGCAUAGACACGCGAGCUGGAGUCAUGUGUCCUCGACCAUUCAUCAGAAAAAACAAACCCUCUGGGUUGCAGGUGCAUGCUGUUAUUGUGGAUGUGAGGCUUGCUUGCUCCUUGAUGAAUCUGCCCCUUUAUAAACAAGUUGUUCAUUUCUAUAUCCACGUCACCUCCUCACCUGCGUAUGAUGGGGUUGGCUAGUUUGAAUCAACCAAUAAGGAUAAGAUAGGCCCAAGUGAUCAAGAGGGCCCACAACUUAUUCCAGCAGGCCGGUACAGUGACGUACUUGGCAUGGUUAGCGCUGCCCCGACCCCAAUGCUAGCCUUUCCAAAAACUAAAACUAAAAUUUCCAAGCGACAUGUAGAGAUUUCCGAGGGGAGCUUCUACUUGCAGAGAGAACUAGAAAAUGGUAAUGCACUAGGCAGACUGAUAGAAGAUUAUGCGCAAUCCUUGCACGUGCAUGAUGUCUCAGUACGUGUUAUUCUGCCUGCAACCUAUGAGUGGAGCCUUAGGUGGUGCCGCCUGGAAAGGUGCCUGAAAUUGGAUAUCGGUACCUUCACAAAUACCUAUGAAAUUUGGAAAUUGGAGACCUUCUGGGCGUCGGAGCUCCUAAUGACACGCUGGAUUUGGAGUGAAAGUUCAGCCAUCUUGCUCUACUUCAAGAAUCUAUGCCACCUACACCUACUUCAAGACUUCACCUACGCCCGUCCACUCGCGCUACUACAAGAAGAAACUACCCAGGGUCUCCGUCCUCAGGUGAAGUCUGCACCGCUGCUGCUGUUAGUGCUCUGGAGUUCAAACUUGCCAAUGACAACGAGGGAAGCUCCUCCUCCUGUGUUUGGUUUGCUAUUGUGUUCUUGCUUGGACUGCUAUUUUGUGUUGUGUUGCCAAUAUAUGCCUCAGGCGCGAGAGCCUGUCAAAUAAGAGACGGACGGGUUUGUGUUGUGCCUGCAUAGUGCAUACACAGACCUCGCCGAUGCGUUUGUAUAUAUGUGGUUUGCGGUUGCAGCGUCGACCACUGAUGUGUGUGGAUUUGAUGAGUGCUUGGUUGCUAUGUGUGCGGAAUUGUAUUUGCUGCCUGCCUAUGUGUGCCUGCGUGCAUAUACAUGGCUAGCUGCUCACGAGUGUGACUUCUUUGAGUGUGUUUGCCAUGUACUAUCUGAACCAAG